GUUUCGCCAUGCUAAUCCCCCAGGUGCAGGUGAGCCCUGCAUCGUGGGAUAUGAACACGAUAAUCUAAGGCCCCCUCCAGGGCUUGUUAUUUAGUGAGACGUAUGGCUGCUUUGACUUGAAGAACAAACCAACAGGACUGUUAUCCUCGCAAUCGGAUUCAUGCCAUGGCAUCGCCAAUGCCUCUGGAUGUCUCCAGGGCUUCGGUGGUCACCAUUCCCACGGUCGUCACGACGAUAAUCGCCGUUGUUCUUACACUGUUACGACUCUAUGUGCGCAGAUAUGUGAUCAGGAUGAUGUCUUGGGAUGAUUUCUUCAAUGUUCUUGCCACUCUGUGUGUAAUAGUCAUCCUAGGGUUGAUUCUCGCAGCAUCAAAAUACGGCUUCGGACGACACAUGCAAUACGUGGACCCUGCUCGCGCGGCCUACAGUAUCAAGCUCUUGCGAAUCUGCGAGUUCAUCAUGAUCUUCUCCACCAUCUUCCUCAAGAUUUCCAUCAGCCUGUUCCUGAAGAGGCUAUUUUUAACGAGCCAAGAGUGGAUGGUCUUUUUCUGGUGUUUCAUUGCCUUCAAUUCCAUCACCAGUGCUCUCGACGCCGCCGUCAUCUUCCCGCAGUGUACGCCCGUUGAGCUGAACUGGGACAAAUCUGUGCCCGGGCACUGCUGGUCGGAUACUGCUAUUAAUGCUGUUGGGAUUGCUCAGGGCUCGAUUGCUGCAGCCACGGAUUUCAUUCUCUCGACCUUGCCGAUUUUAUUCCUCUGGCGUAUCCGGAUUCCUACCCGAGUCAAAGUCGGCACAUGUGGAAUUAUGGCCUUGGGAUUUGCGAGUGGUGCAUUCGCCCUUGUUCGCACUGUGCUGGUUCCGACAUUGACAGCAUCCCAUGAUCCGACCUGGGACCUAGUGGACCUAUUCCUUUGGGCCGAGUGUGUUGUCCCUCAUACCCUGGUCAAACAAGACACGCUUACAAUUUCUAUCAACAGGCUGGAAGCUACAUUUGGAGUAAUUGCAGCCGCUGCACCCUCUGUGCGUCCCCUGAUGGGCCAUAACCGCUCCAAAUCGCACUCCCUGCCCCUGCACUCACUGCGGACAGGGAGGAGCUCGAAACGCGACAUUGGACACAGUCUACUUCAAAGUAGGGAAGAAAUGGCCGACCAACGCUCGGAGGGAGAGAACAGCCAGUCCCAGCUUUGGAUACCGGAUGAACGAGGAAUUGUCAAAACUACGUCUGUGGACGUGGUUUCGUCGCAGAGGGUCCCUCCGGAGAAGGGAAACCGGGACUUUCAAGAAUUUCAGUAGACUUUAGAUGCCAAUUGUUCAUUUGCUAGAAUAUACUCACCCCAUUGGACCCUAUGGAUAUGGGAAGAACCAGUAGUGGAACAAAUUUGUAAUUUGCUUGACGGCUUCAGACACGAAUGCUACUCAUUGGGA